GAAAACCCCACAUGGCCAGCAGCUUGAGUACCACGCUUUGUACUUCAUCAAAUCAUCUCCCAGUAUAGGGGUAAUCAGCUAUGUGCCCGUGUACACCAACACCACAUUUCUCCAACAUUAGCCGUCGGAUUCAGAUUCUUAACCACCAAAAGAAAUUAAGUUCCCAAGUGUCAGACGCCAUUGAUGAUGACCUUCUGCCCGGAAACUAACAAAACCAUAACGAGAUUCUCUCUCUCUUUUCUUUCCUUUUUCUUUUAUUCUAUAAUAUUUCUCUCUCUCUGAGAUUUUUCUUUGUUUGACGAUAUUUUCCUUUCUGCUUCGUGUCAUUCUGGCAAGUAAUUUCUGGUUGGGUUUCGGGUCUUUCGUUCUCGUUUUUUUGUCAUCAUCUUGCAGGACACGCAACACUCUCUCUCUGUUUUAUUUAUUGCGCCUAAUCCUUGUCAAACCUACGAAAGGCCUACUAUCGGUAUUAUAUCUCUUUGAAAACUUGUGUUUUUAGUUUAACUUCUUCUCUGCUAUCUCUCCAUGGAUGCGUUGAUCAAUCUUGAGGAUUGGUGGAAGAGCGUCUAUGUAUUGUUUGCAUUUUGCUCUGCCUUCUUCUUGGGUGCUCUUAAAGGUUUUCUUGUGGGUCCUAUUGCUUGCCUCAUAUUAAUAGCAGGAAAUGUUGGGAUCAUUCUUGGGUUGCUUCCUGCACAUAUUGGCUGGACAAUCUAUGCAGUAGUAAAGACAAACAGAUAUGAUAUACCGCUAAAAGUUGCUAUCCUGUUUGCUCUGCCUGCUUUAUUUGGUAUAUGGUUAGGUCUAAGUAUAGCUGGCAAUGUCCUUGUGGGAAUUGGAUAUGGGUUUUUCACUCCCUGGAUUUCAACUUUUGAGGCCUUCAGACAUGAUAAUGAAUCCAAGAAAAUUUUCCACUGUGUUGUGGAUGGCACAUGGGGAACUAUCAAGGGAAGUUGUACCGUAGUUACUGAUUUUGCAGAUAUAUGUUAUCAUUCCUACCCAGCCUUCUUGAAGGAGUUCCGUGAAUCCCCACAAUCAAAUGAGGUUCAAACUCUUAGGUUAAUUCUUGUGCCUGGUUGCAUCAUUGCUGGGGUGAUGGGGCUAGUGGUCGAUAUUCCUCUCUUCACAGCAAUUGCAAUAGUUAAGAGUCCAUAUAUGCUGUUGAAGGGCUGGUUUCGACUGUUACAUGAUCUGGUUAGCAGAGAGGGACCAUUUCUUGAAACAGCGUGCAUUCCAAUUGCUGGUUUAACAAUCCUCAUGUGGCCAAUCAUAGUUGUAGGUAGCAUCCUAAUAUCAAUUUUUUCCAGCUUCUUUAUUGGACUGUAUGGAUCUGUCGUUGUGUAUCAGGAAAGAUCAUUCCGGAGAGGUUUAGCUUAUGUGAUUGCAAUGGUUGCAGAAUUUGAUGAGUAUACAAAUGAUUGGCUCUAUCUUAGGGAGGGAACUAUAUUUCCAAGGCCCAGAUAUCGAAAGGUGAAGGAAGAAAGCUUAUCCAGUGGAGGUAAUAAUGGAGCUGGUGGUAAAUUCAGUUAUGCUUCUCCAGAAGCACCUGGAAUGUUUAUACCAAAUUUAGCUCAUUCAGUAUCAGUAAGGGAAGCAAUACAUGAAGUGAAAAUGGUGCAGAUCUGGGAACAUAUGAUUAGGUCCUGCGAAAUGAGGGGAAAGGAACUACUGAAUUCUGGUGCAAUAACACCUUCUGAACUCCAUGAAUAUUUGAAGGCAAAGAACAGCAGUGAAGGAGCCACUAUUAGUGUUGGGUUGCCCUGUUAUUCACUCUUGCAUACCCUCCUCAACUCCAUUAAAGCAGGUUCGAAUGGCCUGUUGUUGAUUGAUGGUGUUGAAGUAAACUACUGGAAUAGGCCAAAGGACAAAUUGCUGGACUGGUUCUUUAAUCCCAUAAUGGUUCUGAAGGAGCAGAUUAGGGUCCUGAAGCUAGAAGAGAGUGAAAUAAAGUACUUGGAGAAAGUAGUACUUUUUGGAAGCAAUACAAGACGCAUGAAUGCUUGGGACAACGGAAGUCUACUGCCCGAAGAUGCUCUAAUAGGGGCCCAGAUUCAGGGCAUCAGCAGAAGGAUGAUUGGAAUGGUAAGAGGUGUGUCGAAGCUACCUACUUACAGGAGGAGAUUUCGCCGAGUCGUGAAGGAUUUGAUCUUGUAUUCUCAAGAAAAUGAUGGUUGUCAUGGACGCAGUUCCCCAAGUUCUGUUGCCUCCAGUGAAGAGGUGUAAGGAUGAAACUGAUAAAACCACAGAUUAGUGUAAAGUUGUUCUACGUUUAUAGCAAGAAUGACUGAGGAAUAUGUUCAUCCAUGUCCAUCGAACACAGCAAGAAAAUGGAACCAUAGUCUUCUUUGAUUUUUGCUUCUGUAGGAAUUAUCUUUCCUUGGAUAAUGUUUGGUUGUCUGGGUUGAUGAUGGAAUUUUCAUCUUAUCAUUA